UGUCCGGUCGCUGCAGUGGAGCGGACUGAGCGGUGCGCGCGAGCUGCGGUGAUGUCGGGCUGUCGGCUGUGGAACCGCGAGCACGAGCUGCCGGUUUAUCUGGCUAAUCCCGUCACCUCCCACCAGCACAAAUCCGCCGGCACGCGCUGCGCCGCCGAGGGGGCGCGAGACUCCAGCAACUGCAGCUCGAGCUCAGCCAGCAGAGACAGGAGCCGCGAGCGCGAGCCGAGCGGGGAUGAGUCCACACGCGCGCGCAGUCACCAUGCCUGCACAGAGGAGGCGCGCGACAACAACGGGCAGAGUGAGCGGCUGCUGAUUAAAGGAGGACGAGUGGUGAACGAUGACCAGUCGUUUUAUGCUGAUGUUUAUGUGGAGGACGGAGUCAUCAAACAGGUUGGAGAGAACCUUGUCGUCCCUGGUGGGGUGAGGGUGGUGGAGGCAGAGGGUCGCAUGGUCAUCCCCGGCGGCAUCGACACCAACACCUGCCUGAACAAGGCUUACCUGGAUAGCCCACCUGUGGAUGACUUUUACCAGGGAACCAAAGCAGCACUGGCUGGAGGAACCACGAUGAUCAUUGAUCAUGUGACCCCUCAGCCUGGAACCAGUCUUCUGCAGGUGUUCGAGCAGUGGCAAGAAGUAGCGGACAGGAAGUGCUGCUGUGAUUACUCUCUGCAUGUGGACAUCCCUCAGUGGGACGAGGGUGUGAAGGAUGAGCUGGAGGUGCUGGUCCAGGAAAAAGGAAUCAACUCAUUCCAGGUGUACAUGGCCUACAAAGACUUAUUCCAAAUGACGGACACUCAGCUCUAUGAGGCUUUUUCUUUCCUGAGCAAUUUGGGUGCGGUGGUGUUGGUACAUGCGGAGAAUGGAGACCUAAUAGCACAGGAGCAAAAGAAGAUUUUGGAGAUGGGCAUCACUGGGCCAGAGGGUCACCCACUUAGCCGCCCAGAGGAACUGGAGGCAGAGGCUGUGUUUCGGGCCAUCACCAUCGGCAACCGGGUCAACUGCCCUGUCUACAUCACCCGUGUGAUGAGCAAGAGUGCAGCCGACACACUAACCCAGGCACGCAGGAAAGGCUGUGUGGUGUUUGGAGAGCCGCUUACGGCAAGUUUGGCCACUGAUGGCUCGCAUUACUGGAACCGGAACUGGGCAAAGGCGGCGGCAUGUGUGACCUCACCGCCUCUCAGCCCGGACCCCACCACCCCCCAACACCUGCACACACUGCUCGCAUGUGGUGAUCUGCAGGUGGUGGGCAGCGGUCACUGUGCAUACAGCACUGCUCAGAAGGCCAUCGGGAAAGAUAACUUCACCUUGAUUCCUGAAGGAACUAACGGAUUGGAGGAGCGCAUGGGCUUUGUCUGGGACCGAGCCGCGGCUUUGGGGAAAAUGGAUGAGAAUCAGUUUGUGGCUGUUACGAGCACCAACGCUGCAAAAAUAUUCAACCUCUACCCCCGCAAGGGCCGGAUCGCCGUCGGGUCAGACGCAGAUAUCGUCAUUUGGGAUCCAGAUCGGAUCAAAACCAUCACCGCCAAACUCCAGCAAUCUGCUCUGGAGUAUAAUAUUUUUGAGGGGAUGGAGUGUAGAGGUGUCCCAGUGUUGGUGGUCAGUCAAGGCCGGGUGGUGUAUGAGGAUGAUAAACUAAAUGUCCAGCAGGGAACUGGACGCUUCAUCCCAAGGAAACCGUUCCCGGACCAUGCCUACCAGCGCAUCAACACCCGAAACAAGGUGAUUGGCAGACAGGCCGUGUCUCGAGGUGUGUAUGAUGGUCCUGUGUACGAUGUGCCGUCCACACCCAAAUACAUAACCCCCGCCCCCUCCGCCAAGACCUCGCCUACCACCCAGCAGCCUCCACCAAUCAGAAACCUGCACCAGUCCAACUUCAGCUUGUCAGGAGCGCAAGUGGAUGAUAACGUUCCCCGACGUUCCGGCCAUCGUAUCAUAGCACCCCCUGGUGGCCGUUCCAACAUCACCAGCCUCGGCUGAGUCUGAGGCCUUAAAUGACACAGUCUCUCGUUCCGAAUGUGUUUUCUGUUCACCUUUAAAUUGUGUACAAUCCUCUGCAGCACAAUCACUGUGUAGAUCAUCAUCAUCGCGGAAAUGGAGACGUUCCUGUCCAUGUGGUUUGAUGUAUAAAGUGUUAUAUAGUGUCUAAUAACGAUCCUAAAGCCGUGGAGAACCCGGCAGCCUGCUGUUACUGAUGUUUCUACAAACUGGUGCUCCCUCUAGUGGACAACUGCACAAUUAGCGGUCACACUACAGGACAUUUUUUUUAUUGAUUCAUUUAUUUAUUCAUUAAUUUAUUCAUAAGAUAAAGGGUAGAGAAGCCCAUUUCAGCUUGUGGAGGAGUAAACAAAGCAUUCUCUGUUGAAAUAUUGAUCUCAAAACAGUGACUUAUCUAUGAGUUUCUCUCCUCUAGCUUGCUGGAGUGGGUUCCAUAUGAAGGAGUAAAUAUUAUUGAGUGCAGUUUUUUAAUGUCCAUGACCUUCUGGUCAUUUUCACUCAGUGAAACUUUCACCCACUGUGUUCUCUGUGCACUGAAAUAUUCUGCAAUAUUAAUAUUACUUAUUAAUCAGAAUUAUAAUGGAUAAUUAUAGAUAAUACUUAAUGUCAGAGCAAGUCUUAGUGUGGUUGGAGCUGGCAAUGCACUGCAUGAAUCCACGUUUAGAUGGCGAAUUCUUCCUGCCGAUAUAUUUCUGCAUUAAUUCACUCAGCAAUCUGUUCAUAUUCUGAUUUGAUGGUCGUGUGGUGAGUUCAGUAUUGUUAGUGUUGUUCAGUAGAGUUGCACUAACUGUGCAACUGUGGAUGUGUACUGUAAUGGAAACAGCGCCCCCUUCCUGUUAAACGCUCCACUUCUUAUUAAACACUCGGCACUUCCCGACUAGAUUCUAUUCCUUUUCUACUUUAACUGUAUUUACCUUGAAUCGGUUUCGCAUUCAUACACCAUCGUACGUCACCACAGGUCUAGACCAGCCGUUCUUAAAUCAGAACGCCCUAAAGCUAAUGCUAACUCUACUUUAAUAGAAUUCACAUCAGACUGCUGUGUAAAUGUCAGUGGUGAAGAGUUUGGUCUUCAGUUUAGGCCAGAAACGUCAGCCCAUCCUCGAAUUUCUACUAGCACCCUAGUGGGAUUUUAGUCAUAUGUUAGCAUUAAGCUAAUAACAAUUCACGUCAUAUUCUGGCCUAGACUAAUCGUAAACAAUUAAAGCUUGUAAAAGUAACUUUAUGUUUUAUCUUAAGUGUGUAAAAGAUGUUAUCAUAUAUCUGACCUUGUUUGUAUAAGUUUUACAGUGACUUUUUCAGUAGAGCGUCCUGAUAUAGAACCGCUGCCACUGUUUUGCAUUCCUAACAACCACCCGAAACACCACUUAGACUAUGCCUCAUAUUAACAGUCUAUCUAGAACCCCCAGAAAUACUAGUGAUUUUUUUUUUUUUUUUUUUUUUUUUAGUUUUGCCAAAGCUUAAUUGGCUGAUUUGCUUCUUAAUUGUGUUGGUUCUUAGCCCAAGUCCUUCCGUCCAGCUCCUGAAGUCCUAACCAAUAGGAGAGCUUGCUUGGCUGAAUGCACCUCGAUACCACCGAGAAAACUGUCCAGAUUGGAUCAUCAAGAUUUUAACCAUUUUAUUUAGGUCCAGAAUGUAAUGUUGAAACGAAAGCAUUACUGCACAAUUCAAACUUUAUUGAGGUGCCAUAGAAGAACCUCUUUAGGUUCUUUCAAAACCCUUGCAAUAGAAGGAUCUUUAAAGAACCGUCUUUGUUCAUGAGCUGUGCUAGUCUGACAAACCUGUUUCGAGUUUAGAUAAUCGCCACGUAAUGCAUACGUUCUAAAAGGUUCUUUGAACUGUAUGCCUGAGCCAAGAACCUUCACACUUAUGGUUCCUACAGAGUUUAUCCCUCAGCUUGAUACUGAGAGAAAUGUUCUGCUUUGACCCAGAACAGAAUUUGGUCAUGUUCACCACUUCUUUAUAUUCAGUGUAACUCCAGGAUGGUUUCUAGAAUAAUGUAAUAAAGGAAAUAUUGGUGUGGUAUUGAUCAUGUGAUGGCGCUGUUUGUGUUAAUACUGUGAGUGUUGGAGUUCUGCACUGAUCUGAUAAUAAAACAGUAUUAAAAUA